AUGCGCAGCGCGCUGGUCCUCUCUUUUCUCCCCCUGCUGGUCUUGGGAUGUGAUAAUCCCAAGAGCCAUGCUUGUGCUUCUGCAUACACAGCUUCUAGCUCCGAGGCUGCUGAGUUCUGUGCCACUUUCACAGCUAGUACUGUGACUGCCACUACUGGACUUCCUGCCUUUGCCUCUGCCUGUGACUACAAAGUCAAGCACCUAUCAAGUGCUUGCAGCUGUCUGGACACUGCUUGGGCCACCGACUCCGCCAGUGCUGGAUCUGUAGCUGUCGCUGCUGUGACUUCUACCAGUAGCGCUGAUCCCGUUCAAGUUGUGCCUACCGAAACCUCGUCGGCCACUAAGACCACCUUUGUGAAGGCCGUUCGACCUACCUCGACCUCUUCCGUGGAUGUUCCAGUAACAACUGCGGCUGCGACCACUGCAACCUCUUCCGUGGAUGUUCCGGUAACAACUGCGGCUGCGACCACUACCACCUCUCAAGUCAUCGAUACCGCUGUUGCGGCUGCUUCCAUUAGCGGUUCCGCCUGUGUGGUCAGCGAAUAUGCCUCGCUCUCUUCUGCUGUCGCCUCUUGCACCAACAUUGUUUUGUCCAACCUUUACGCCCCAGCCUCAAGCACCAUCGACCUGUCGAGUCUUCAGACUGGUGCCUCUGUCACAUUUGCUGGUACUACCACCUUCGGUGAUACCUACGAUGACGACUUUGAUCCUAUCAUCAUUUCCGGAACCAACAUCACCAUCACUGGUGCUUCUGGCCAUGUUAUUAAUGGUAACGGUGAGGCCUACUGGGAUGGUGAAGGCUCCAACGGUGGAGUGGACAAGCCUGACCACUUCAUUGUCGUCAAGGAUGCCUACUACUCUGAGAUCACCAACCUGAACAUUGUCAACUGGCCUGUUCACUGUUUCGAGAUUGAGGAUGUUGAGCACCUUACGAUCUCUGGCCUUAUGCUGAACAACACUGCCGGUGACUCUCCCAACAGCGCAAGUGACGGUGAUGCCGCCGCCCACAACACCGACGGAUUCGACAUCUCUAAGAGUACAUACGUCACUGUUAAAGACACCUACGUCUACAACCAGGAUGACUGUGUUGCUGUCACCAGUGGGUCUAACAUCGUCAUUGACAACCUCUACUGCUCCGGUGGUCACGGUCUGAGCAUUGGAUCUAUUGGCGGCAAGAGCGACAACACUGUCGACACUGUCACCUUCAGUAACUCUCAGGUGGUUAACAGCGAGAACGGUUGCCGUAUCAAGAGUAACGCCGAUACCACCGGUAGCAUCAGCAAUGUCAUCUACGAGAACAUCACCCUCUCCAACAUUUCCGACUACGGUAUUGAUGUCCAGCAGGACUAUGAGAACGGUGGUGCUACUGGCACCCCAACCAACGGUGUCAACAUUACCAACAUCUCCUUCAUUGAUGUCACUGGUACUGCCACCGAUGAUGGUAUGGACUACUAUAUUCUUUGCGGUAGCGACAGCUGUUCCGACUUCAGCUUCUCUGGAGUUUCUAUCACUGGCGGUGGUGAGACUAGCAGCUGUAACUACCCUUCCAGCGGCUGCCCUUAA